AUGGCGACGGCUGCGUCCGAUGCUCAGGGUGAAGACUACUGGGGGGUUAUAAGUGCACCAAGUAGCCCCGCAGACCAAGUUCACGGUGACACCGAGCGUGUGGUGUGUCUCGACGUCGCUGGUCUGACCUGCAAUGGGUGUGUCCGAAAAGUUCAAGAUGCGUUGAAUGCAGCGGACGGAGUCGCAAACGCUACAGUGAAUUUUGAGACUAAGAGAGCUACCGUUUGCUUGAAGACGGACAGCCAUAUCACUGAAGCCAACGUAGUUGAUGUGGUGCAGUCCGUCGGGCAGAAGUACAAGGCUUCUGUGUAUCACCCCCCACCGACCGAUGACUUACUGAGUUGUAAGCAAUCUGAAAAACUCGAGACUCUGACGAACGACGUUAGCAUCCCAGUUGCUGACGCUGGUGACGAUUCUGUCAGCGCGACACUGUUGAUCGGUGGUAUGACGUGCAACUCGUGCGCAGCUUCAGUUGAAAGUUCCCUGACGCAGACGGAAGGCGUCAUAUCUGCUGUGGUUACUUUCGCGACAGAGAAAGCUGUCGUGCGGUAUGACAAGAGCGUAGUUGAAAUGCCCGCACUUAUCGAAGUGGUGGAAAGCGUCGGAUAUGAAGCUGCGUUCAUGGCAGGAGAUAAACGUACGUCUUCCAACGCGACGUUACUGAUCAGUGGAAUGACGUGUAAUUCAUGUGCCAACUCGGUUGAGAACGUGUUGAAAAACACGAAGGGUGUGUUGUCUGCCACUGUGAAUUUUGCAACUGAGAAGGCUGUGGUCCACUUUGACAAGGAGGUGGUUGGUAUUCGAUCACUACUUGAAGUCGUGGAAGAUAUCGGCUAUGAGGCAUCGUAUGUGACCGGGGCUAAGGCUCAAAAAGCUCUCGACGACCAGCGUAUCAAGGAAAUUAAACGCUAUCAAGUGGAUUUCACGAUCGCGCUGCUUUUCACGCUUCCUAUCCUGCUACUUAUGUUGGUUUUCGAGAACAUUACUCGUUUGAAACAUGGUCUAAUGGCAGAGAUCCUACCUGAUCUUUCGUGGGAGACUUUGGUUGUGGCGAUUCUAGCGACUCCCGUGCAGUUCUACUCAGCUCGUCGCUUUCAUUUUGAUGCUUGGAAAGGUGUUAAGAGCCGAGUGCUGGGCAUGGCAUUCCUAGUUUCUAUGGGGACGAACGUGGCGUAUAUCUACGGCUGGUUCACUGUUAUUCGCGCUAUCGUGCUGGAUGAUGUGGAUAUAGCGAACAUGGACAUGUUCAUGACAUCUUCUGUGUUGAUCUUGUUUGUGGUUCUUGGAAAACUAUUGGAAGCUAUUGCAAAGGGGAAAACUUCAGCGGCGUUGACUAAAUUGAUGGAGCUCCAAGUUAAAUCAGCCACGUUGUUGGUCUUCAACGCAGACGGAACUAAUGUUCAGGAAGAGAAAAUAGUCCCGAUUGAGUUGGUACAACGCGGAGAUGUCUUGAGAGUUGUUCGCGGCUCUUCUGUGCCUACCGACGGGGUGAUUGUGUACGGUCAAGGACGAGUUGAUGAGUCUAUGCUGACUGGAGAAUCAAAGAUGAUCAAGAAAGCUAUAGGUGACCGCGUGUUGGGAGCUACGUUGAACGUCGAUGGUCUAUUUCAUAUGAGAGUUACGGGUAUUGACAGCGACACAGCUCUGAACCAGAUCAUUCGUCUCGUGGAGGACGCACAGACGUCUAAAGCGCCAAUCCAAGCUUUUGCCGACUAUAUUUCCUCCAUCUUUGUCCCGAUGGUCGUUGUUCUUGCACUCUUGACUUUCAUAAUCUGGUACGUUCUAAGUCUUCUAGACGCAGUUCCAGAGAAUUGGAUCCCAGAUUCGGAUGGCAAGUUUGUGUUUGCACUGGACUUUGGAAUCGCGACGCUGGUUGUCGCUUGUCCUUGUGCUCUUGGGUUGGCGACACCUACAGCUGUGAUGGUUGGAACGGGCGUUGGAGCACAGCAUGGGGUCUUGAUCAAGGGAGGUGAAGCUCUUGAAGCUGCUCAUAAUGUCAACGCGAUUAUUUUCGACAAGACUGGGACUCUGACGGUGGGGAAGCCUGUGGUGACAGAUGAGUACGUGGUCAGCCAAAAACGAGGAGCUGAGGAGCUGAUUCUACUUGCCGGCUCAGCUGAACUUGGUAGUGAACAUCCGUUAGGCAAGGCUAUAAUUGACUACGCUAAGAAGAUUUCGUCGUCUCUUGAACAACCAACGGAGUUCAAGGGUGUUUCUGGAAGAGGAAUGUCGUGUACUGUAAGCGAGCAGAGAGUUCUCAUCGGUAACAUGGCGUGGAUGGUAGAUAACAACGUAAAGGGAUUGGAUAACGUCGUGUUGGAGCAAGUUACGAAUCGUUUCCAGAAUUCCGGUAAAACGUCGAUCUACAUGACCGUCAACGACGAGCUUAAUGCUGUUUUUGCCGUAGCGGAUGCCCCUCGAGAGGAGGCACGUUGUACGCUGAAGAAACUUAGUCAAAUGGGACUGGAUAUUUGGAUGGUUACUGGUGACAAUGAGCAAACUGCCAAUACUAUCGCUGAGCAGGUCGGAAUUAAUCAGGACAACGUCAUGGCGGAUGUACUUCCGUCCGAGAAAUCGUCGAAAGUCAAGGAGUUGCAAGACUCUGGCCGUAUUGUCGCUAUGGUCGGUGACGGGAUCAAUGACUCGCCUGCUCUCGCUCAAGCAGAUGUUGGAAUCGCUAUUGGAGGUGGCACGGAAAUUGCAGUCGAGACCGCUGACAUGGUGCUCAUGAAGUCGAAUCUAGUGGAUGUGGUCACUGCGUUGCAUUUGUCUCGCACUAUUUUCAACCGUAUUCGACUGAAUUACGUGUGGGCAUUCGGCUACAAUUGCCUGCUGAUUCCACUCGCUGCUGGUGUUCUGUACCCCGUGAAUUUUAGCAUCCCGCCAAUGUUUGCAAGUGCUGCGAUGGCGUUAUCAUCUGUGUCGGUGGUGCUUUCGUCACUGGCACUGAAGUUCUACAUCCCGCCGGAAAUUAUCCGAGAUAACAAGGCCGAGUUACUGUUCUCCAAGGAUGAAACGCUACGUGCACCCCUACUUUCGAACAGUCUGCAGGAACCAUGA